CACCCAUGGUGACAGCCAGCGUACCUACUGGUGUGGCAAUGGCCAACACAGCCAUGGUGACAGCCAGUGCGCCCAUGGUGUCAGCCAACAUAACCACAGGGACACCCAGCGUCCCCAUGGUGACAGCCAGUACUCCCACUGGGACAGCCAGCAUGCCCGUAGGGACGGCCAGCACACAUAUAGUGACAACCAGUGUGCCAAUGGGGACAGCCAGCACACCCAUGGUGGCAACCAACACACCGAUGAGGAUGGCCGACGCAGCCGUGGGAAUGGCCAAUGCAACCUUGGGGACAGCAAGUCCGCCCAUGGUGACAUCCAGUGCACCCGUGGUGACAUCCAACAUACCCACAGUGACGGCCAGCACACCCCCAGGGACAGCUGCCCCAGCCACGCAGGCACAGAGCGGGGCUCAGGGCAGGCAGUACUACGAGGUCCACCUCACCCUGGCCAAACCCAAACCGGUGAAGAACCGCACGGCGCGGCCGUUUGGCACCCAGACACCCCCCGGGCUGAGCCAGCCCCCGGAGCGAGCCCCUGGU